GCCACUCUCGUCUUUCUUCGUUACCCUGACAACGUUGCGAUCAAAUCGUUUAUCCAAUUCGCGACUUGUAAAAUAAUAUCUUUCGCUUCCUCCUUUCUAAUCCGUUUUCUUGACUUCGUUUUCUUUUGUUGUUUGUCAAAUGAAUUCUCGUCAUGGCCAAAUUCAUGAGCACUUAUGAAAAGCCGUUGCCUCAUAUCGGUCUGUCGGAUUGGUACACCAAACAAUGGGAGCUUCGACAAAACGCAGACGUCAGAAGAUCCGAAGCUUGUCGGCUACGCAAUUCGAGUAAAACUACUCGUUUCGAAGGGAACGUGACGACGAAAUGGGACACUUACAUGAAUGAUACUCGAAUUUCGGACAGAGUGUUAGAACUAUCGAGAUGGAAAGACAUUCUCGACGAUUUGCUGCAAAAGUUAUUAACUGAGAUACGCUUAUUAAGUGAUGAGAAAGCUAGCACACAGAAGGAACUUGAAAAUAUAACUCAUCCCCUGCGUAUCACCAGCGAAUGCAUCUCAAUGAGGGACUGCCGUAGAGAAGCUGAACUUACAUAUGAUGAGGCUGAUAUAGAGUUAAAGAAGGAGCUCCGCUUGAUCACAAAUAUUCAUGAAGAAUUUACCAAGAGAGCACAGGCCGCAUGGGAAAAGUUAAAUCGCUUGGAGGCCCUUAAAUUUAGGCUGAACUUAGACAUAGAGGAUAAAAAUGAAACCAUUAGAAUAGACAAGGACAAUCUCGAAUUGGAUCACACUUCUGCAAAUAUAAGUUACAAACCGAGAACACCAGUCGAUAAAACACGUAGUUCAAUCACAUACGAGGUUUGGCUGGAUCGAUGUCGUUGUUCCAAGUUGUCUGCCGAAAAAGAAUUGAGUGACUCUUACAAUUUUCGUGAGGCUACACGUGUAAUGAGGGAACAUGCACUGAACGAUAUUAAAGCCCAACAAGAUGCAACAGAUUACAGUUUGAGGAAGAGAAUCUAUCAAACGCAAAAAGGUAGAAAUGAAAUGGAGUGGCAGAAGCUUAAGGUGCAGAAGGAAAUGGAAAUGUUGGGAAAUGAAAUAACCCAGUUGGAAGCAACACUGAGGAGUAAAAUAGGUGUGGUGAAAUGCGUCGAAACGCGACUGGAAAAUCGAAUUUAUCGGCCCGGUUCAGAGCUUUGUAAGGAUGAAGUAGAAUUAGGUUUGAAAAAGGAAGGUCUGCAAUUAAAACAGACUGAAGAAGACCUAAUUAAAAUGAUUGAGCAUGCUAAAACAAGCUACAAUAGUCUGGAGUCUUUGCUUAUACGGAUCGACAACAAUUUGGAAGAUAAACAGCAUUCUCUGAAUACCGACGUUAUGUGCUUGGACAUGAGAGCACCACUGAAAACAGGAGACAGAACGCGUUUACCUAAUGAGACAGAUCGUAAUAUUGUACUGACACACAUGGAGAAAGAGAUUCCACUGGAAUCUUAAUUCAACUGCCCCAUUUGGAUUUCUAAAAUGUGAUAAUUUUGUAGACAUUGUCUUUAACACUUAAAAAACUUGUCAGUCUCCAGCUUUACUUAAAUUAUGCAAAAAAAGAAACAAGAAUUUCGAUGAAAAGGACACCACACUAAUUCUGAAAUUGGAUCCUGGUGAAAUCAAAUGGUUUUCUCAUAUGUUGUAGCU